AUGUUUAUUAUGAUAUCACGUGUGGAACGUUGGCAUUUCUCGAUAAUCUUCCAGAACAGCAAGAUCAAGUUAAUGCAGAAGAAAAUAUGCUUAUUUAAGACGAAUGAGAGAGAGAAAAUAAGUGACAUGACAUUCCUGAAAGUAUUAAGUUGUAGUCUAAUAUUCAUUGUCGCCGCGGCUUCUCUUAUUGAUGCACAAUUGCCCGUACAACGCAUUUUCUUAAUGCCACUACAAUAUAAUAUUCACUUUGUACUAUAUGUCAAUGCCAGUACCUUCCACGGCGAAUACAAUGCCGGCAUUAAUAUUUCUCAUAAAACGCAAGAUAUAUAUUUUUAUACAGAAAAUUUGUUUAUAAUUAAAGCUAUUGUAACAAACAAUACACAAAUACCUAAAGGAAAUGAGAAGAAAGUUUUCGCCCAUAGGCCGAAGAAAUUUAUCUAUGACACUGAAACAUAUGUAACCACCCUUUCUUUUCCGUAUAAUUUAUCAUCAGGAUUUUACACUUUGAAUGUGGAAUUUUCUGGUCUUUUAGCUGAAGAUGGAGGAUUUAGAAUUUACAAAAAUAAUCAAAAUGAUAGAAUGUGGUUGGCCGCAACACAUUAUCACACAUUUGCGACUCGAAGAUUAUUUCCACUUUUGAAGGAUGCUGAGUUUGCUAGUUAUAACAUUUCUAUAAAGCAUCCUAAAAGCUACGUAGCUAUAUCAAAUGUGCCCCUCCUAGAAGAAAAUAUGGAUAAAAAUGAUAUGCAAUGGACACGCUUCAAACCUACUCCCUUGAUACCUGCUUAUUUCAUAGCGGCUGUUGUAGCUCAUCUCGCCGUUAUUGUAGAAAAUAGAAGUACCAAAUUGUGGUGCAGAACAGACAUAAUACCACAUGUGCAAUUUGCAUACAUAGUUGCUACAAAUAUUGGGAACUUCUUAGAUAAGUUUUUAUAUAUCAAGGAAAGUUCGGAAAGAAACCAUAUCGUGAUUCAGAAAUUAUUAGGUGAAGAAGAUAUAAAAUUGGGAUUUAUUCUUUAUGGUGAAGAAGAUAUUAUCUAUAACGAAAAAAUAGAUUCUGAGAUACGCAAAAUUGAAAUAACUCGAGUAAUAGCAUAUAAAGUGGUGUACGAAUGGUUUUAUAAUGCAAUGAGUCCAUAUAAGUGGGAACCAUGGUUAAUCAAAGGUCUUGCUAUGUUUUUUGGAAUUUACAUUGCCGAUAAGACAUUUCCGGAUCUUCGGAUAAAAGAUUUCUUUGUGAUUCAAAUGCAACAUGAUGUUCUUCAUUGGAGCACCAAGAAUAUGUGGCCAUUCACAAAAGAAUCAAGAUUCAAUUCUAUUGAAAUUCCCCAUUAUAUCAAGGCAAGUAUUAUGUUCCGCACGUUACAAAUUUUAUUUACCGAAGAGAUGUUUGAAAGUGGUAUGAAGUUGUAUUUACAAUACCAUUCCUCAAGCAGUAAAGAUUUUUGGGACACUAUGCAAUCAACCAUGGAUAAAUCAGAUUUCAAAUCAGAACUCAAAUACAAUGUAACGGAUAAAAUAGCUAGUUGGACACGACUAAAUCAUUACCCUGUGAUUAAUGUGAAAAGAAAUUAUAAUAAUAAUUGGAUGACUAUAUCGAUAGAAAAUUUUAAUUAUUUUGUUACAUGGAUAUUUGUGAAUAUUACUACACAGGAGUAUUUCGAUUCGAAGAAAUUGUUGACUUCAGUGUGGUUAAAACCAAAUAUUUCGUACCAUGCAAAAAUAGAUUUCAUAGAUGAGAAUUACUGGAUAUUGGCCAAUUUACAACAAAGUGGAUGCUAUCGCGUCAAUUAUGAUGUCGAGAAUUGGAAAAGACUUGUGAGAUACCUGCACACUAAUUCCUUCAGAAAAAUACAUGUACUCGAUCGUGCUAAACUCAUCGACGACGCAUUUCACUUUGUGAUGACAGGCAAAUUACAACGUGAUAUAUUCUUCAAUAUUUCACACUAUCUAUCGCAAGAUACAGAUUAUAUCGCAUGGUAUCCUAUGUUCAAGAACUUGGAAUAUAUAUCGGGUUUCUUUGCAUUUCCAGAAAGCUUAUUUAUAAAGGCGGAAAUAAUACAAUUCAUGAAAGAGAUUUUAUGGAAAUUACAAUAUCCCAUUUUUUAUCAAGAUAAGAACCUUUAUGGCAGCAUUUUCAAUAAAUGUUUGAGACAAGAUGCUGCAAAAUUGUUAUGCCUCGUGAAUUAUGAUUCUUGUUUGUCGAAUUCUAAUACUGAAUUGAAAUCGUAUCUCUUCUAUCGUAACACAUUAUUAUCAUAUAAAAUUUGGCCGGAAUGGAAAGAAUGGACAUUCUGCAAUGGUUUAAAAAUAGCCAAUAACGAUAUUUGGAUGCAAGUGUUUGAUAUAUAUUUGAAGGAAUCAGAUUCUAGUGUUUUAAAAUUUUUAUCCUGUUCCCAAAAGCCUUCAUUUAUUCUCCAGUAUAUACAUUUAAUGACUAAUAUGACAAAUGUAACAGCUAUCGAUCGUAUAAACAGUUUUUGUACUAUUAUUGCGAGGCAUGCAAGGACUACAUUAUUUCAAUUCAUUUUAGAUCAUUUAAUGGAAAUAAAACCAAAUGACAGUGACAGUGACAGUGACAGUGACAGUGACAGUGACAGUGACAGUGACAGUGACAGUGACAGUGACAGUGACAGUGACAGUGACAGUGACAGUGACAGUGACAGUGACAGUGACAGUGACAGUGACAGUGACAGUGACAGUGACAGUGACAGUGACAGUGACAGUGACAGUGACAGUGACAGUGACAGUGACAGUGACAGUGACAGUGACAGUGACAGUGACAGUGACAGUGACAGUGACAGUGACAGUGACAGUGACAGUGACAGUGACAGUGACAGUGACAGUGACAGUGACAGUGACAGUGACAGUGACAGUGACAGUGACAGUGACAGUGACAGUGACAGUGACAGUGACAGUGACAGUGACAGUGACAGUGACAGUGACAGUGACAGUGACAGUGACAGUGACAGUGACAGUGACAGUGACAGUGACAGUGACAGUGACAGUGACAGUGACAGUGACAGUGACAGUGACAGUGACACGUUGGCCAUCAAACUUACGCUCAAAUAUCCCAUUGAAAUCCAUCCUGCCAUGACACAAACAGCAUUAGAAAUCAGCCUUAUUAAAGCAUUAAUUAUGAUUAUUAAUCAUGUAUAUUCUGAACAACAAAUUAAUGAGAUAAAGAAAUACGUAAAAUUUAAUUUCAAGAUAUCAUACAGUUUCAGUAAUCCAAAAUUCAGAAUUAGAUAUGAAUUUCAUAAUGUAAACGAUACGAUAGGUGAAUACGUUCUCUUUAAUGAUAAUACGGAGAGUAUAAUAAUGGAUAUAAACCACAAGAUAAGACUACGUUGGCAUCAAAUAAGGACUCAGUUGCACGAAUAUCGAUAUCUUAUAGAAGAGUACGAUGAUACUUCUAAAGCUUCUUGGUGAUAUUUGUAGCUAAUUAAUUGAUUAAUUAAGAGAAGAUAACUAAAUGUAAUGCAUGCUCAUAUUUACUUUUAAUAUAUGAAUUGUUUUUAUGUUUUUAUUUAUUCAUUUUGAUUAAAAAUAUACAUUCACGAAUAAAACGAAUAACACGAUACA